CUGACAGCAUGUCAUUAUUUCAAUAUAUAAUUUCCCAAACAGGUUAAAUGUGUCAUUAUUCGAUUGAGUCAUUUUUAAAAGGCAAUAAUAAUUUUACGGAUCAGUAAUAAAUUCAAAAAUGCGUGUGAUCAUAGCGAUAUUAACGAGGUGGUAAACAGGGUUUUGUGAUUAAUAAGUCGAAGCAUUCAACAUGUUUGGGAACCAUCCAAAAACGGUGCUGAUUCUGUUUUUCAUUCAGGUUAUGAAAUCUUCCAAUUUUCUAUUGGAAAUUAACAAUUUCACCUGUCACAAAUAUACGCCGAGAAUUACCUACGUCGAAUGUGAAUACUUCAAGUUUGCCACAAAUCAUUAUGGCCUGAGUGGUCGCAUUAAGUUCGACAGUAAUUUGGAUCGCAGCUUUAAAACGCACGUCACGGUGAAUGUUAUGCCGAAGAACUCUCGACAAAAUAUGCACAUUGUCGAUUUGACGUUCAAUGUUUGUGUGUUUCUCAAACAAAUGUUGAGCAAUCAGUUUCUGCGACAAUACGCCUUGGAGUUUAAGCGAAUCAGUAAUAUACCCAGUUCCUGUCCAUUUAAGAAGGACGUGGUAUAUGAAGCGAAAAAUUUCACCUUAACAACUGAAAGUAUUCCGUCGUAUUUGCCAUACAUGAAUUUCGAAUUUAAAAUGGAGUUUUAUGAUAAGAAUCACAUCAUAGGUAUGUUUCAGGUCUAUGGCGGUACCGAUGGUGAAAAGAAAUAAUUGUAUAUUAUAUAAAAUAAUGAAAUAAAAAAUAUAUUGUGAA